AUCCCAUCUGAAGCAAUCUAGCCAUGCUCUUACAGAGUAUCCUCGUUGUUCUCUGUUCCUCACUCUUCGGAGUUAUUCCGUCUAAGGCAGCUCCGAAUAGACUGGUCAUUAAUACAACCUCAGGCUCGUUUCAAGGGGUACUUACAACUAAUGGCACUGAGCAUUGGCUGGGGAUUCCAUACGCACAGUCUCCUGUCGGGAGCCUCAGAUUCAAAGCUCCAGUUCCGAUUUCAAAACCACCACAGGGAAUUCAGGCUGCAUCAGCCUUUGGGAAUGCUUGUCCGCAGCCACCUAGUGAUCUGGGAGCCCCAAUUGGCGAAGACUGUCUGUUCCUUAAUGUAUGGCGCCCAAAUGGUACAUCCUCCGAGGAAAAGUUACCUAUCUUAGUGUGGAUACAUGGUGGAGCGUGGACGACAGGGGCUGCUUCAGACCCGCAUUGGGAUCCCACGCGCAUCAUAAAUCGAAGCGUUACAGUUGGAAAGCCGAUCAUUUUUGUCUCCCUGAAUUAUCGGGUAAACACUUUUGGAUUUUUGGCAAGCGGGAAUGUUGCGCCAGGUGAUCUCAACGCUGGCCUACACGACCAGCGGGCGGCGCUACAGUUCGUUCAACAAAACAUAGCAUCUUUCGGUGGUGAUCCUGAAAAGGUUACGAUCUGGGGUCAAUCGGCAGGUGCUGGUAGUGUCGAAGCUCACACUCUAUUUCCAGCUCGGGAGCAGUUGUUUAGAGCGGUAUUGGCCGAUUCUAUGACUGGCCCUUUUAAGAGUGCGCCAUUCCCUUUCCAGUACGACGAGCCUGGAAAGCCAUUUGCCCGUCUUGUCGAACGUGUUGGGUGCCCUCUUGACUCCGGUUCAAUCUCGUGUCUACAACAGGUCCCGUUUGAGACACUCUUGAACGUCAGCAAUGAGAUGAUCAAUUCGACAUUGAACAGCCAAUUGUGGGAACCUGCAGUCGGACCACCUGGGAGCUUUGUGGAAGAGAGAGCAUCUGCAAAGAUCGCCUCUGGAAAUUUCUUACACAUCCCGUUCCUUGCUGGGACUAACCUGAAUGAGGGUUCAAUCUUCAGUACCUCUCUUCUUGACGAUUCUCAUCCGGAUAUGACCGAGGACCAGGCUUUGGACUUCUUCAUCGGUCAAUUGAUUUUGGACAAUCGUACGUUAACUACCGAUGUCCUGGAUAAAAUAAACGAGCUAUAUCCCGCAAACGAUACUUCUCUCGGUGCUCCUUUCAACACUGGGGACUCUUUGUUCGAUAGGGCUUCCGCUUUCUACGGCGAUAACAUGUUUUUGGCAGCACGGAGGCUCUUGUUUGACAAGGCAGCAUCUUUGCAGCCUAUGUUUGCAUACCACUUCAGGGAGUUCAUCCCUGGAAAUGAUCCUACCUUAGGCGUUGCUCACGAAUCAGAGCUAGUGCUCUUUUUUGGGCCCGUUCCGGCAGCAGUCGAAGACGACUUUGCGAACACGUUAUUGGACUUCUAUAUCAAUUUUAUAAAUGAUCUGAAUCCAGGCGCGGAAUGGCCCCAAUUCACCUCGAGUGGAAGAAAAGUGCUGCAGCUCUUGAGGAACAAUAUCACAGCGAUCGAUGACGACUUUAAUCUCGAGAAAACUACAUUCUUUAAUUCGGCAAGGGUGCUCGACGAGAUGGAGAAAUAG